AUCUGUAAUUUUUAAAUCUCUAAAAAAACAGAAAAUAUUUUCCACAGCAAAGGCACUUCUACUCUUGAUCAUGGAGACUGGCGAGUAGUUAGGUUGUGUUCCGAAAACCAGCGGCAAAACGAUGCAGAGAUGGUGCACGAAGCUCCGAUCCCUGACUCUUCGUUGCUCGAAUCCUCCAACAUCUCUGCACCCUUUCUAUCCUCCCCUCCUCCUCUGCUCCUCUGCCCAGCGGCUGCAAUGCCCUCGUAAAUUUUCUGUAAUUUCUUCAGUCCGUAGGCCCCUCUUCGACGCCCCUUCUUCGUCGCAUCUUUCGCUGCACCUUGGCGUCUUUCUCUAUCCUCCUAACCCCACGUCUUUGGUUCAAAUCCGGCAUAUUUCGACAAAAGAGAAGAAGAGAAAGAAAGUGAGGGAGAGGAAGCCAAUGACGCCAGCGACUUCCAAGAUGAAGAAAAUCAAAAUGAAAUCAUAUUCUUCAUAUAAGUCGAGGUUCAGGACAAUGAAUGAUGGGAAGAUUCGGCGGUGGAAGGAAGGGAAACGGCAUAAUGCACAUUUGAAGUCCAAGAGAGCGAAGCGGAGACUACGACUACCUGCUGUUGUCCCUGCUGCUUAUGCAAAGGUGAUGAAGAAGCUCAAUUUUUGUGGGUAAAAAUGUUGGGGCCAUUGCUAAUCCAGGGUGAGAGAGCAUUCGCCCCGCCCCCUUAUUUAUUUUUGUUCUACAUUUUAGAACCACCCAAAUGUUGUAAGAUACAUUUCACCUGCCCGAGCGUGAGCCUGAGGCUGUGGCUAAUCAAGAAUUCCCAAAUAGAUAGUUUCUUGGACUGGAUUAUUAUUAAUUUUUUUUUCCCCCAAAA